GGAAAGACUUACACAAUGCGAGGCUCGAACGCGGAGCCAGGAGUCAUUCCUCGCGCUGUGAAUGAUUUGUUUCAAAUGAUUCAACAAGAUGUGGAUCGAGAAUUUCUUCUUAGAAUGUCAUAUAUGGAGAUUUAUAAUGAAGAGAUAAAUGACUUAUUGGCUCCUGAGCAUCGAAAACUGCAGAUUCAUGAAAAUCUAGAGCGGGGAAUAUUUGUCGCGGGGCUGCGAGAAGAAAUUGUUGCCUCUCCUGAGCAAGUCCUUGAUCUCAUGGAGUAUGGAGAAUCUCAUAGACAUAUUGGAGAGACAAAUAUGAAUUUGUACAGUAGUAGGUCCCAUACUAUUUUCCGUAUGAUAAUUGAGAGUAGGGAUAGAAGUGAAGAUGAAGACAAUGAUAGCUCUUGUGAUGCUGUCCGUGUAUCAGUGUUGAAUUUAGUGGAUCUUGCUGGUUCAGAGCGUGCUGCAAAAACUGGGGCAGAAGGUGUCCGACUCAAAGAAGGUUCUCAUAUAAACAAAAGCUUAAUGACUUUGGGAACUGUGAUUAAAAAAUUGAGCGAAGGUGCUGAGAGCCAGGGGGGUCAUGUUCCUUAUCGAGAUAGCAAGCUUACACGAAUUUUGCAACCUGCACUAGGGGGAAAUGCUAAAACAGCUAUAAUAUGUAACAUAACACUUGCUCAGAUACAUACAGAUGAAACUAAAAGUACUCUCCAGUUUGCAAGCAGAGCAUUGCGUGUCACAAAUUCUGCUCACGUGAAUGAGAUUUUGACAGAUGCUGCUUUGUUAAAGCGCCAAAUGAAAGAGAUUGAAGAGCUUCGUGCCAAAUUGAUGGGUUCUCAUUCAGAGCAUUUGGAAGAGGAGAUUCUGAACCUUCGAAAUAAAUUAUUAAAGAUUGAACUGGAAAGGGAGCGCAUUGCUUUGCAGUUAGAGGAGGAAAAGAAAACCCAAGCUGAAUGGGAGAAGAGAGUAAAGGAGCAAGCCAAGAAAAUUGAAAAUUUGAGUUCAAUGGUUUUAUUUUCAAAUAGGGAUGAGAGUCGUGAACAUAUUAAAAAGGAGAAGAGGCGGGAUACAUGGUGUCUAGGAAAUCUUUCACAGGAGCAUCUACGAGAUGUAUACUCUAGCAUCCGGCCAAAUGCUUCUACUGUAAAACCUGUAAGACCUAAGCAAGACAUGGGACCACUUAUUCCUUUUGAGGAACUUGUAAAUGAAGAUGUUUAUGAGGACGAGUCCUUUAAGGAAGAUGAUAAUAAAGGUGAUGCUAAUGAGAAUUGCAGUCUACCAAACCCUUGUGCUCUAUUGCAUGUAACGAAUAGGAAAAAGGCUCCAUCGCUGAAGAAAAGCUUAUCCAUGGAGGACAACAAAUUUCUAGAAUUACAGGCAGAAUAUGAGAAUUUGCUUCUAAAAUUUGAAACUCAGAGAACUAUGAGUGAGAUACAUAUUGAAUCAUUGAAAAAACAGCUAGCUGAGGCAAAUUCUCUUGAUUCCACAGAAUCUAUUGAUUGUUUAAAUUAUGCCAGUAGUGUUAAUUUCAACGGGGCUAAAGAUAUGAGCUUUAGAGAGUCGGAGACUAUUCUUGUUAUCAAGAAGCUUCAAGAGCAGAUUAAGGUUUUGGAAAUGGAAAAGUUAUCAAGCCAACAAAACCUGGAUAAUGUUGUUGAUCUGGCAACAGAGCAGAACAUAUGUGUCAGGGAGAAAUAUGAAGAGCUCUAUGAAGAGCUUAUAAAUGCACAGGAAGCAGCUCGAGCGGCUAAUGAACAACUUAGUUCCAGAGAAACUGAUGAAAAUUUUGACUUUGUGGUCAAUGUUUCCAUGGGAGUUCAAGAAAUGAUGUCAGAAGUACAAAACUCUAAAGAAGCUGUUCAAAGUAUUAUUUUGAUGGUGGAUGAUGCUAAUAAAAGUUUCUCGGCUCUCUGUGAUGUGUUCCUUGAUUUCAAAACCUCCAUAUCUCGGAAUUCAGCAGAACAAAAUGUAAUCUUGAGUAAUUAUCAGAAGUUGAAUUCUUGCUUAAGACAAAAAAUGUCCGAGCUUGAGAAUGAGAAGAUUCUUUUGGACAACCAAUUAGCUGAUCUUCAAAAGCAUCUUCAUGAAUCAAAACUAGAAGCUCAGAAUUCCCAAAAUUCUUUGAUGGAACGCUUUGAACAACAGGAAUUGGAAAAUGCAGAGCUGAUUUCAUAUAUUAAGACUCUUGAGAAAGAUAUAUCAUGUUUAACAUCAUCUUCAGUAGCCAAGGAAAGGGAAACUUUAAGAAAAGAUCUUGAGAAGGCAAAAGCCAAGUCAAAAGAAACUGAGUCCAAGCUUAAGAUUGUCAUACAAGAGAAAACAAAACUUGAGGGUGAGAAAGCCUAUGCUGAACGUGAGAUUAAACGGUUGCACAGUCAGAACUCUCUUCUUGAACGUGAUAUCAAUAAACUCGAUUCACUUGCUGGUAGAAGGCGUGAUUCAAUUGUUGAUAGGAGUUCAAAGAUGUUCGAUCCUAAAAGACCAAAAAGUCUUGCUUUUUCUCUGGAACAAACAUUACAGGAAGAGCACAAAAAGCUGGAAGUUUUUGCAUUUGAAUCGGAAACAAGAAUCACUUCAUUGGAAGAAGAACUAACGGCUGCAUUGAAGGAUAAAGAAGAGGUGAUAUCUAUUAACGAAGGUUUGACUUCAGAGCUAGAAGGCUUAACUGAAAAACUGAAUACAUCAACCUAUGAACUGUAUAAUUUGAAGGAGGAGAUCUCAACUCUUAGACAAAGGUUGGAAGAAUCUGAUCUCAACCAAGAAAACUUAAAAAGCUCUAUCAAAGUAUUGAUGGAAGAAAAGGAGGAGUUGGCAAUGCAACUCACAGAUUCCCUUUUGGGAAUAGAAGAGGAAAAGGCGAUAUGGUCUGCCAAGGAGAAAGAUGCACUUCUAGCCAUAGACGAACAGACAAGGUCAAACAAUGUGCAAAUUACAGCAUUAUCAACAGAAUUAUCAGAAGUAAGAAAUGAAUUGGAAUCAUAUAGAGAAGAAUGUUGGACUCUCCGGGAAAGAUUGACUCAUUCAUGGGAAAAUGCACAUCUCAAGGAAAAACCCAGGGAAAAGGUUUUAGAUUUAGAUCAACUGGAAAAUCACCUACAAACAGUUGAUGCUGAGAGCAAACAAUCGCGAGAAAAUCUCGAGAGCAAACUUUCCAUUGUGACGGUAGAAAGGGACAAAUUGAUGACUCAGGUGGAAGAUGUACAGAAACAAGUUAUGGAAGUGGAAUCUCUGCAAAAGCAUUACCAGGCUGAGUUAUCAAAGGCAAAGGACCAUGUUGAGGAGCUGAGUCAGAAAAUUUCCUGCAUGGAAAUCAAAAUGCAUGCGGAUGAAGCAACAAAUCACAAAGGGAUGGCUAAACAUAGAAUGAGACUCCGUGGAUUACAAGCUAAGCUAGAUGCUUACCGUAAUAGAUAUAAGGAUGCAAUUGAUGACUCAGUUUUAAUGAAUACAAAGUAUGAAGAAGCUUCACGGAAGCUGAAAGACCUGUUGGCUUCGAAAGGAAUAGAGGUGCUCAACCUAAAGAAACAGCUAGCUGCUGCCAAAGCUGUGAGUACGCUUGGUAGGGAGACUUUGAGUGAAGAAUUCGCUGAACCACUUGGAUAGACAAGCGGAAGAUAACUUGGAAAUGACAAAGGAAAAGAUUUGGGUAUGGAAGAUCCAAAGUAGGAAGGGAAUGCUGUGUUGUUGGCUUUGUAUAGGGAUGACUACACGCUAAUUGAUAACUCAUCUAUUCUGCAAGGAUUAUGUCAAAGACAGCCUUAGGCACUACUGACAUAAUAUAUCAACGUACAAUUGUCUCAAACUUGGCUGUUUUAAUUGAAGUGGCAAGGGUAUGCAAUAUAAGUUGUUCAUUGUAAUUAUUAGACCUUUAUCUUGUUAUCGCUCAUAAAUCACAACACGUAACCGGCCGGGUCGACAUGGGGCAUUAUAAAUAUAGAAAUUGUUCAGUUGUAGCUAAAGAUGUAAUCUCAGCAUCCUGAGUAGCAUUGCUGAUGUUAUUUUUUGCUGUUUAUCUGUGGAUUUAUUUUCUGCUUUGGGCACUGGCUAUCAGAUUGCUGAUAAAUUACAAGUGGAGCCAACAUUCAUCAUACCAAGGACUCAUUGCCGCAUAUUUAUACAAUGGAAGUGAUCAUAUCUGCAAAGUAUCAAAAUGGUUCCAACUAGGAAAAAACAAUGUGUCUCCCAAACCACUUAUAUCAGUUUAUUGAGCAACUUUCUCUAGUAUUUAACUUGGUACUUUUG